UUCUGACCAUUGUUUACUAGCGCCACUCGGUACUUCCGAUCAGAGGCACAAGAUGGCGGACUCCAGCACCAAUUCCGAUUUGGCUGCACCAACCUCGUCGCAUCACGGCGAAACGGCUUCGAUCGCCGUGGUGGAUCUGGAGGAGGACGUUCAACAACCGAACGGCAACGAGAUCAACACAAAUACAACGGCGACAACAGACAAAAAGAGCUGUGCUGCGUCUUCAACACCCAAACACAGUAACAGUAAUAAUAAUAAUAAUAAUCAUUCACAACAACAACAACAACAACAACGGCGAGAGGAGGACGAGGUGGAGACUGACGAGGAAAACAUGUGUGGUGUUGAAGAUGACCACCUGGAAGAAGAAGAAGAAGAACACGACGACGACCAGAAUCAAGCAGAAGAUCAAGAUAUUGAUAUGCAAAGUCAUCUCGAUGCUCUGCAAGUUGUUUGUACGGCUGCGACGAACUCUGCCUCGUCGGAGGGAGAAGACGGCUGCUCGUCCUCCUUUAAUUUCCACAUGGAGAACAAACACACUCAAAGGAAAACAGACACAGACAUGAGGACUCUGAGUUCGUAUUUGAAAUCUUUAAACGAAAGCCGUAACCCGGAGAGGAUACCACCGGAUGAACUCGACAAUUAUUUAUCAAGUUUUUUCAUGGUUGUCCGAAAAGCAGAUGGAAGCGAAUAUGAACCAAAAACGUUAAGAGCAAUUAUGGCCAGCAUUGAACGCUAUUUAAGAUGCAGAAAUUACCCAGCUUCUAUCACUAGGGACUAUAUAUUUUCUAAAACCAGAGACUCGCUGAAAGAAAAGCAAAGAAUUCUUAAAGAACAGGGAAUCGGCAACAAACCCCGCCCCCCUGCUGAUCCCCUCGGUGUUUUAGUGGCACAAAGGGUUAAUCAGUUGUACGCUAAACAAAAUAUGGGUCCCUACAAUCCCCUUUCAGUUGUCAGCACUCUCAUUUUUGUUUUCAUUGUUCACUUCAGACUUCGUAAAGCAGUCGACCAUAAGAACUUAUUGUGGGGUGAUAUACAGCUAAAAGUGGAUAAAAACGGCCGAGAAUACCUUGUUUAUCGGCCGCAGAGUCUGCCAUCACUUCCACCCCAUAUAGAAAAUCACAUUCGUCGCACAUAUAACAUUUACGCUCAGCCUGAUCAACCGGAGCGCGAUCCCGUUGCUAUUUAUCACCUGUAUGCAGAGAAACGGCCUGCAUCGAUGAAAUACAGUAACUCACCAUUUUACCUUGGCAUUUUUAGUCUAAAUCCUUUACCGUUCCAAGACUGGUAUCGUGCCUCAGCCAUGGGAAUCAACAAACUUUGUGAUUUAGUUAAACAGAUUCGUUCGAUAACUGGUUUGCCCCGGGCUAUGUAUGCACAAGACUCUCCUUAUCUUAGCCCUCAGUUUAUCUCCAAUGCCUUGAUGGGACCGGAUCCCUCGAAGGGAGAUGUGAAGGGAGCUGCCGCUGCCGCCGCCGCCGCCUUAGCCAAUUCUCAAGACCUGUCCUGUAUGGAUACCGUUGUUUACAAUGUUGAUUCGGACAGCGAAAGUAUUACGGAACAGCAAUCAAAUAUGUCGUUUAUUGGAAGCUUGGAGAAUCACUCGAGUAUGGAUGAGAACAUUCACGGGGAAGAGGUUGCUUUGCACGAGAAAGAUGCUGCUGAUGAUGAAGAUGAUGAUGAUGAUGACGACGAAAAUGACCAACAUCCACUAUCAGAUUCUUUGAAUGCACAUAGAAUGUAUGCAGACAUUGCCAAGACUGAUUAUUCAGAAUGCGGACCAGCAAAUGCUACCCUCAGUCUACCCAAUAACUCACCACUCCAAUUAACAUAUGACAGCCCCAGGUAUAUGGACAGCCGCGAACAGGACGAUGUGUUUUUGACCCUGGAACAUGCAAAAGAGCAGUUUUUAUCGUUGCUACAAAAAAUGGAUAUUGAUGCUCUUGUUGCAUUUGAUAAAUGGUUGAAAAUGAUGCGGAUUAGUCGUAAUCCACUUACUGGUAAAGUGAUUUGUCGAGAGAAUGCUGUUGUUCAUAGCUCUGUCAACCCCCAGACUGCUGGUGCUGGUAACGAAGACAAUCUUUUACCUGAAGACCACAAAGAUCACACCGUGCCAACAAUUAGUGGAGUUUAUGGUUCCUUCCCCAACACCAAUAUUACCGUCAACAUCACACUGAGUCCGCAGGCCUUGAUGGGGCAGGGUCCCAUCACAGUAACGGCUAACACUGCCUCGUCAUCUCAUGAAGGUGGCGGCGGCAGUGGCACGCACAGGUCAUCUGGCGGCAACAAUGCUGCAGUCAGUGGGAGCAAUUCUUUGCCAAACGGGAUUCGCUGUGCCACUUCAUCUUCUGCUACAACCACUACCAUUGAUCUUAGUCAAGCCGGACCAUCGACUUCAAGAAGCAGCACCAUUGCUGAAGAUAGAAUCCAUGCGUUGGCAAUCGGUAGCUUUUCACAUUCCAAAUCUCAUAGUGCCCGUACGUCUCAGCCAGGCGUGAAAGUUGUAGCUACAAACUGUAGUAGUAGUAGUAGUAAUAGUACCAACUACGAGCACCCGAACCAACCUGCAUUCCCCAUUCAUUUGGUUCCGAAUAACGCUAGUUACGAUGGCAGUGGUAGCAGCAAAAAGAGUCGUUUGGACAUGACGGCCGUGUUGUCCGGACCGACUAACCUAUCCAACUCCGGACAAGUUGAACACAAUCAAAGUACAGAACGGUCGCGCUUUAAGCGGAUUCUUCCCAAACCAAGCAGCAAUUACCUACGCAACCCUUCAUCUGCUUCUCACCACGGCUUGGCAGCGAGUUCCACAUCUUCUUCUUCCUCUUCCUCUUCCUUCAGACACAGUACUGGCAGCAAUCAGAACCGGUUGGCCUCAGCACCGUCGUCGCUCAGCACUUCGGCCUUGACCGCAACCUCUUCCACGCAAAACCGCUACGUGUCCAUGCCUUCGAAAGACGGACAUUCUUCUUCGGAAAACUCAGUCAUUUUCAUAAAGCAGGACCCGGAUUGACUACAGAAUGCAGAUGUAUCCUCCAGUGGCUGCUUCUCAUCUCACAGUGCCACGACACUAAUUUACCAUAGUGUCUACCUACAGCAGUCACUUUAUCUCUCUAUACUAGUCAGUUAUUCUAGAGCACCACAUUCUCUUUGCUGGUUGAUUUUCUUUCUUCAAGUGGGGGACAUCAAUUAUUAUUAUUAUUAUUAUUAUUAUUAUUAUUAUUAUUACUAUUAUUAUUAUCAUUAUCAUUACUACAAUUACUACUAUCUUAAUUACUAUCAUUAUCAUUAUUCAUUAUCGUUGCUAUUGGUUUUCAUUAUUUUCUUAUUCCAACAAUAUUUACAGAGUCUGGUUUCCCCAAAUUCUUCACAAGCUUCUCUAAUAUUCUCACAGUUUUUUUUUUCUUUUCUAUUAAACGGAACGGAACAUCGAAGCUUUUCAGUGAAGAACGGAAACUUUGUGAAAGAAAUGUGUCUUAGUCACCUUUUUUAUUAAUUUAUUAUUAUUAUUAUUAUUAUUAUUAUUUGAAAUUUAAUUUUUACACAAUCUCUAUGAUUUUUACAUUGUCUACAUAAAUACCCGAGCACUUCUAAGCUUUAUCUUCCUCCAAUCAGCAAAAAAAAACAACAAAAAAGAGUGCUCCACAAUUUAAUUAAAUUUAAAUAUUUUUUUUUUUCGCAAAACGUUAUGAUAAUAGCAACAUGCCUUUUUUUUUUUUUUCCAAAAGAAAAAACAUCAUUCCAAAUUGUUUUUGUUUUUUUUUUUUACUUUUUAUAUUCAAAAAUCGAGGAACUUGUUCCAAAUCUUGAGUAAAUGCCAAAAAUUGGGAACACUGACAAUUCCAUUGGUUUGUCUGUUCCGAUUUUUUUUUUUUUUUACCAAACAAUGUGUACAUAGACCAACAACAUCUGCCUAGAUAUUAACACCUCGCCUACGUGUAUCUCGGCACCUUUCUGUGUUCACCAUAUUCCUUAAAAUUAACUCAAUCUCAUAUAAACUCCGUUCUUCUUUUAUUGUCUGUAACAAUAUUUUCUUUUUAUUUUUGUUCUGGUCUUUUCCUGUUU